AAAAAAAUCAUGGUGGUCAAACCAAACAUUCUGAGACAAGACUCGAAAUUGUGUGAUUUCUGUGAUUCGUGAUUUUAUCAAGAUGUUUGCGAGUGCUUGUGUUAAAAUGAUUGAUUUGUUUUCUCACAGGUGCGCAAGCGUCAGGUGAUACCUUUGGCCAGGUGUGAUGCAGUUUUGAUUUUGCAGAAAGAUAAUGCUUGUACAUGAGCGUUAAAUCGAAAAAUCUAAAGCUUUUCGUGAAGUUGAUGUAAAAUCAGAAAAUGUCUUCACCCAGAAUACUUGAAUGCGUUUCUAAUUAUGUUUAAGUUUUCGAAAGAAAUACUUGAUUAUUUAUGAUAUUUGUUUAUUUGCGUGGGUAGUUUCACAUCUACGAACAUAAUUUGAUAUCAGAUUUUAAGCACUUUCUUGUUUUCAUGUGAUUUGAGAAACGCAACUAUGCGACACUCGUAAUUUGUUUUGUCUGUCAUAAUCAUCAACGACCAUUUUCAGGAAAACACCUACGCUAUUAACCAGCACAUUUUUAAAAAAAAUAGCUAUUGAUAUUUCUUCAAUUCUACCCUUUAGCUAUUUAUUAAAAAGUUCUAAUAAUUAAUCAAAAAUGCUUGAAGUAAAAGUUAAGAAAAACUCAAAGGUAUCAAUCAGUAAAAAGUUCUUCAAUUUCAAGAUUUUUUUUACGUAAAAGCAAGUGACCUCUUUUAUAAUUCCGUGUUGGAUAUGGCAAGAUCGUUUUUAAUCUCAAAUGUUUGUUAUCGACUUCGUUAUUGCUUCAUCAUAUUAGUUAUGUGAUUACCGUAGAGUUUUGGAUACAUUUUAUUUUUCAACCUUGUGGAUUAUUCAUUUGUGAUUCGAUGGUGUAGAACUUGAGCGAAAGCAAAAGGAUACUUUUGAGAAAAUGGCAUGUCUUCGGAGAGGAGGGAAGAAUGAUGGCUCUACGGAAAGUUUAGCUUUCAAUGCCACCAAAAGGAAGUCUAUUAUCCAGAUCUACACCGACUGGGCAAACCAUUAUCUGGACAGAGGGCGUUACAAGCGUAACAUCCAAGAUUUGCAAGUCGACGUUUGCGACGGCGUCCUACUGGCUGACGUCAUCGAAGCUGUCAUUGGUACAAAGGUUCCCGGUGUGGUGCGCAAGCCGAAAAACCCUUCCCAAAUGGUGGAGAAUAUCACUUCCUGUCUCUCCUACAUUGGAGAAUUGGGGGUGUCUAUCGAAGGAGUCACUUCGAAAGACGUUCGCGAAGGCAACCUCAAAGUAAUUCUGAGCUUAUUCUUCAACUUAUCGCGCUACAAGCAAGCGCAGAAAAACUCGUCCAGCUCGUCCCAUACUGUUUCUCGAUUCGGGAACAAUAGUGGCAGACCCAUGGUGGCGUCAUCUAUCGGCAAUGAUAUGCUUUCCAAGCUUCCCUCUCCAUUCCGGCCGUCGUCCGGACGGAGUAUUCCGUGUCCCAGCACCAAGGAGUCCGGUAUCUCCAUUCCAUCAACCUCUAAUCCGUCCUCAACAGCCUUCGCUUCGCGAAAAAAUAAAAUGAUGGCGCCAUCUACCGGACAACAAGGUUACGUGGGCUUGGGCAGCAAGGGACCCCCUUCUGUUGCCAGUUCCAGGUCGGGGUCUCCUCACACCGGCUCCAGCCCCUCUCCAGCCUCUUUCAUCCCUCAGCCGAAAAGUUCUGUUGCUACACGAACUGGGCUAGACAAGAGCAGGUCCAGGCCUUCCUCUACCAGUUCCACAUCGUCCAUACCGCACCUCCCGGGAAAGGCCUCGCUCGCUACCUCCAAUUCGAACAUUAGAAGCAACGGCGGUCCCAAGUCCAUCCCCACAUCGGGUUCCAACUACGGUUCCAAUUCUAUGUUGGACAAGUUCAAGCUCUUCAACCCUAAAGACAAGAGCGCCGAAAGAACGAAAGGUAGUGCCACUAACAACAAACGCACUAGCAGUAGCAGUGGAUUCAGUUCUGCUCGCAGUGAACGCAGUGAUUCUUCGACCAGUUUAUGUGGAGACGCCAAAACCCCGCCUGACCCCACCCCUUCUCCAACGUCACGCCCACCACAGUUAGGCAGCACAGUACUGCCCAAGAGCCAGCAACAAGUGAAAAAGACAGCUCUUGGCCUGCCCGCAAAACAAGUUGUACAUAAAACAAAAGGUCCCGAUGGAAAAGAUCCCAUAUCAAGUAAACUAGAACAACUAAAAGCGACUUCUAAGAUAGCAAAGGAGAGAAACAACGAGAAAGCCGCUAAAGCAUUAGAAAAACAGUUGGCCGCAGAAAACGAGAAAAAGAACGAUGUGACUGAAAAUGGCCUGAAAUUCCAGCCUCUGAAACUCACACCCAACCACUCUGUAUCCAAUUCAGAAACUACAAGGAAAGAGGAAGUUCUUUGUGCUCAAAUUGCGCCGGACAAUCCAGUUCGUCAAUCUAAAAUUGUUGCCAAUUUAACGGAAAAAUCCUCUAAUGUUGGCAACAACACUCACAGUGAUUCUGUAACCGUUGACUGUGUUCCAAACGGUCACUGCCAACAGUUCAACUCCAUUUCUUCAUCGACAAGCAUGGAAAGCAGUUUGCAACGGCCAGGUCAUCGCGUCGCCAAAUAGCAGCAUUCCGAAACCUACCUUGGCUGUCAAAGGAACGAGUAAAGUUACCAAAGAGGACAAGCGACAGACUUCUGGUUCAGAAACUAGCUUGAACACCAGUAACUCUUCUCCAAAGAGCAUUAAAAGUUCGUCUGCCGAUCCUCAAGCUGGAACGAAACUGUCCCGGGAGGAU